AAGUGCCCCUCGAGCAAGUGCAGCCAAGCGUUCCCAAGUCCGCCAGAGCCGAUCCAUUUCCGCGAGCAUCCGUACGUCUCUGUUCAUCUAGGGUUUAUCUGUUCAUCAACAUGAAAACUAGGACCGCUGGAACCCCCAAAUCAGCCGCUGCAAAGAAGACCCCUCCGGCAAGAAAGACCGCCGGUGAUGCUACUCCGAACCCUACCGAAGCUGCGUCAGGAUCUGCUACACCCAAGUCCGCGGAGAAAAAGCCUGAGCCUGCUUCUGCUACUGCUACCAAAGCCAAGCAGGUCAAGAGCAGCACCGAUGCUACGCCGGGGGCGAGCACCGAUUCGAAGCCGGAGCCGCCGGUGGAAGGACCAAAAGAAUCUGGUGGUGCUGGUGCUGGUGCUCAAGUAACACCGGGAGCAAAAACACCGGGAGCAAAAGUAAAUUCAGGGUCCAAAAAAACUGUUGUCAAGAAAGUAGUCAGGAGAGUCAAAACUCCUAGUUCAGCUAAAGCUGCUGCUGCCCAGACAUAUAAAUCUGGUGAAGCUGUAAAGCAGAAGGUUGAAGAAUCUCCAAAUGCAGUUAAUGCAGUUCCAGCCCAGACACCUAAAUCAGGGGAAGUUGUAAAGCUUAAGGUUGAAGAAUCCCCAGAUACGGCCAAAGCUGUUGCAACCCAGACGCCCAAGUCAGGGAAAGUUGUAAAGCAUAUGGUUGAAGUGUCUCAAGAUACAGCCAAAGGUGCUCCAACCCAGACGCCUAAAUCUGGGGAAAUUGUAAAACAGAAGGUUGAAGAAUCUGUUCCCUCCGAGAUGCCUGAAUCAAGGGACGUUGUGAGGCUGAAGGCUGAAGAAUCCCUGAAGGAUUUGGGGCCCAUAGAGAAGCAAGAACGUCCUGUCAAUGCUGGGCAAUCCACAAACAUGGGCCAAACUACAGUUAAGGUUGAAGAAGCUGCUGCCAUGGAUGGUGGCGAAUCUGGACAGUUGGAAGAGCCUGUUGGGAAUUUUGGGAAAUCUCCAGUUAUUGAAGGGCAUAAUAUUGCAGAGGAGGAAAAAGUAGCUAUGGAAGAAGAUACUGAAGAGGAGACAAAGACUGCUGAGGAUAAAGAGGAGCACAAGAUUGAACCUGCUAACAUGGAAGAAGAUGCAGAAAAGGAUUUGAAACCUGAGGAUGAGAAUGGUGCUGAUGGAGUGGAUUAUGGUGAGCAAGAGGUUCUUGAAGAACCUGGGGAAGAGCCUGCAGAGGAUGGUGAGGGGGAACCUGGUGAUGAAGCUGAGCCAUUGGAAGAAGAGUGUAUGGAAUUAACAGCUCAUGCAAAAGAGCGAAAGAUUAAAAAGGAGCUUGAGAUAUUUGUUGGUGGGUUGGAUCGGGAUGCUAAGGAGGAAGAUGUGAAGAAGGCUUUUGAGAAGGUUGGAGAGGUAGUUGAAGUUCGAUUGCACAGGAAUCUUUCAUCUAAUAAGAAUAAGGGGUAUGCAUUUGUGAAGUUUUCAAAUAAGGAGCAAGCAAGUCGGGCAUUGUCAGAAAUGAAAAACCCCAUGAUAUGUGGGAAGCGAUGUGGUACUGCACCCAGUGAGGACAAUGACACAUUGUUCUUGGGCAAUAUUUGCAAUACGUGGACUAAAGAAGCUAUUAAACAAAAACUGAAGGACUAUGGCAUUGAAGGUGUUGUGAAUAUUACUCUUGUUCCAGAUGCUCGGCAUGAGGGUUUGAGUCGUGGUUUUGCAUUCCUCGAGUUCUCUUGUCAUGUUGAUGCCAUGCUUGCAUAUAAGAGGCUUCAAAAGCCAGAUGCUGUUUUUGGCCAUGCUGAAAGAACUGCCAAAGUUGCUUUUGCUGAGCCUUUGCGAGACCCAGACCCUGAGAUCAUGGCCCAAGUUAAGUCAGUUUUUGUUGAUGGGCUUCCUCCUCACUGGGAUGAAGACCGUGUUAGGGAGCAAUUUAAAGGAUAUGGGGAGAUUGAAAAAAUUGUGCUAGCCCGAAAUAUGUCGACAGCCAAGAGAAAGGAUUUUGGAUUUGUUGAUUUUAGCACCCAUGAAGCUGCCAUUGCAUGCAUUGAUGGUAUAAAUAGUAUAGAAUUGGUUGAUGGGAAUUCAAAGAUAAAAGUGAGAGCAAGACUUUCAAAUCCUUUGCCUAAAACUCAGGCUGUUAAGGGUGGAAUGUGUGGUGGAUUUCGAAUAGGCCGUGGUGCUGGAACUUCUCAACAACAUGGACGGGGUUUUGGACGAGGUGCGCAUCUAUCCAGCCGAGCGAAUUACCAACGUGGCAGGGGUUUCCAUCCAUAUGGACGUGGUCAAAUUGGUAGAAUGGGUUUUCUCAAUGAACAUGAUUUUGAUAACCCAUAUGCUGAGUUCCAUGGGAGACAAUUUUUUGGACGAGGAGGAAGAAGGGGUGUUGCUGCCCCAUCAAGACUUAAUCUGGGCAGACCCAGCCAUGAUGCCGCUGAUGGGGUCCAUGGGAAGCCUUUCUCAUCUAGGAGGCAACCAUUCUCUCCAGAAGGAGCAUUUGGCAGACCUUUUGUUGAGCCUCGCUUUGAUGACCCUUAUUUUUAUGAUGAUAAUGCACAUGGGAUGAAACGGCCAUUUUACAUGACUGACCCCAGUUAUGUGGAGCCAAGCAGACUUCGACCUCGACUGGAUUAUUCUGAUCCUGCAGUUUCGUUUCGUGAAACUCAUUAUCCAGAUACUUUUGGAGCUGGUGGUGGACCAUACUCUCGUGAUUAUUAUGGUUCUGAAGUAAGUAUUCAAUUCCCAAUUUAUCUAAUUCAGUUAUGUUUGAACAAACUGUAUUGUGCAAUAUUUUCUUUUCAUUCUACAGUAUGGUGGAGGUGCAUAUCCCUCUUUUUAUGGUGCUGAACGAUCAUAUAGAGGUGGCUAUUACUAAAAGAUGCCAAAAUGUAAAGUACUAAAGUCAAAUGCUUUGCAAUCUUAAAUUUCCAAUCUCUUGCUCUAAUAUUUUUUAGUUUACUUAUGUUUCAAUGGUUUGCACUUGACCGUUUCUAGGUGAACUUGGAUAUAUGGGAUGCUCCUCUUCAAUGAUGAACAAGUGGUGUGCUGCUUGAUUGAAAAGCUUAAUUCAGUUGCUUCGUUUUCUUUUUCUUUGCUUUCUUCUUAUCCUCAAAAUCCUCUUCCUGUGUAUCAUUCACCUGCCCUUUCCUCCAAAAUUUUGGUAGAAUAUAUUGGGCUAUGGUUUGGCUAGUAUAGGUUAUGUUUAUUGAAGGUGUCUUGACCCCGAUAUUAAUUUAGUCCUUGUAUGGUGGACAUAAGUGCACUUUGCCCUAGGUGUGAUCUGGUUGAGGAUUGAAGAUAUGGGCUGUUGAGAUAACUUGCAGAUAUUGAUUUCCUGUUAUGUCUAUGAUCCAUGUCCUUGAUCAA